GAUUGACGAAGAUUUCAUGCUGAUCGGUCACGUGUGGUCGAAGCACGAAGAUGUCUGCAAACUAAUUUCAUGUGGUUGUGGGCGUUUUUUGGUGACCUUUGACCUAGCUGAAGGCCACCAUCUUCUGGAAACAUCGGGAUGUCGGCUAUGGCGCAUCCAUCGGUGAAAGUGUCAUGGGGAACGGUGUGAUAGGCUCGGGAUAUGGGAUUGUCUGCGAACUGUUUCAGGUGGCUUUGGGCGUUUUUAGUGGCCUUUGACCUAACGUAAGGUCAUGAUGUUCUGGAAAGGGUAGCGUGUUGACCAAGACACAUCAGUUGGGGGAGGUUUCUUGCUAACGCGGCCCUACAGCAUCGGAGCAUAGGGUUGUCGGAGUACCUAUUUUCCGGUUUUUCGUAUUUUUGGUGAUGUUUGAGCUGACUCAGUCAUCAUAUUUUGGAAAGGUUACGUUAUCGACUAAUCGGCAUCGAAAAGAUCCACAGAGGAAAACUGAUGGCAACAGGAGGGGAAGAUCCUGCAAAUGGGCAGGAAAGAUCCACAGCCUUCAAUUUCUCUGAGACUCCAACACUGGAAGACCUGCGAGCGAGCAUGAACCAGUUUGCCACUGAGCGUGAUUGGAACCAGUACCACACACCAAGGAAUCUGCUGCUGGCGAUGGUUGGCGAAGUCGGAGAGCUCUCGGAAAUAUUCCAGUGGCGGGGCGAGGUGGCGCCCGGGCUGCCCGACUGGUCCCAGCAGGACCGCAAGCGGCUGGAGCACGAGCUCAGCGACGUGCUGCUCUACCUGGUGCGGCUGUCGCACGUGUGCGGCGUAGACCUGCCGGCCGCCGCCAGCCGCAAGAUGGCGCACAACGCCCGCAAGUACCCGGCCGACCGCGUGCGCGGCGACAGCCGCAAGUACGACGAGUACCACGAGUUCCGGCAGCGCGAGACGCCCGACGGCGAGGAGAGCAGCUAGCGGCCGGCGCGCGCAGUGGGUGUGGGUGGCCACAGCUCGGACGCCGGCCUCGCUGGUGGCUGAGAGCGAUCCUGCUGGAGCCGGGGAUCGGACCCGCCCGCAUCCCGCUGUGAGAACGGAACGCUUGCUAUCCAGCUGAGAAAGAGAAGAGAGAAUCUUGUUCAUCAAUACAUCGGAUGCGGUUGCUCUAGGUCGCAUGCAUUCCUUCAGGCUAGAAUGAUAGUCAUCUGACAUUGGAGGAUUAGCGCUGGAAAGGAACCUCGUUUUGCAGACGUAUCUGUACUUUUGAUAUAGCAGGCUUUUUCUCAGGAAAGUGCUGAUCCUCUUUUGUGAAUGGAGACAGGAGUGCCGCGUUGUCUUCCGAUUAUCUUGACAUGAGGCUGAUUACCCACGGUUACCGGAUCUAGCCAUGCUCAUGAUGUUGGACAUUCCACCUGGUAUUGCCACCUAUUAUUGUGUUCCGGUGUUGCUCUGCGGCAUCCAUUUCCCGGGAGAUUGUUUGUCACGCACCUGCGCACCGGUUCUCGUUCCGAGUCCCGUCCUAUGGGGAUCGCCUCAUGGCCCCGACGCACGCACUCGGUGACGGCUGGUGUGUUCGGACUUCC